GGCUCUCUGCGAAAGUAACCUCCAGCGAGACUGGGGAAAGAAGAGCAUCCGCGUCUGCAUGAGACCCACGAUCCAGGAAGAACCGAAGUUCAAAGGCGACUCUCACAAAAGGCGCGGGCAGCCAUGGGCCCACGCGGCCGCGAGCGCAGGGUUGGGACGAUCCAAAAUACCAACGACAGCAGCUCCCUCAGCAAGUGCUCCCUGGCGGCUCGCGGGUACGUGCGCGAUCCCUUUGCGUCGCUGCUGGUGUCGGGCGCCCCGCGGCGCGCGCCGCUUAUCCACCGGGGUUACUAUGUGCGCGCCCGGGCCGUGAGGCACUGCGUGCGGUCCUUUUUGGAGCACGUUCCCGCCGACGGCGGGGCGCCACUCCGGCAGAUCCUGUCUCUGGGCGCGGGGUCCGACUCGCUGUACUUCCGCCUCAAAGCUGCGGGUCGCCUGGCUCAGGCCGCCGUGUGGGAAGUGGACUUCCCGGAAGUGGCCGAGCGAAAGGCGGCAAAAAUUCGCUCCGUGCCUGAACUGGCUGCUGUGGCUGGGCCGGCUCUGAGCGCGGCGGAUUUGGGCUCCGGCCCCAACUCGUGGUUGCACUUCGCCAGCGAGGACUAUCGCCUCCUGGGCAGUGACCUGCGCGACCUGGCGGCCCUGGGCUACGCGCUGGAAGCGUCCGGGCUGGACGUCGGGGCGCCCACGUUGCUGCUGGCCGAGGCCGUGCUCUCGUACCUGGACUCAAGCAGCGCCGCAGCCCUGGUGGCCUGGGCCGCCAGCCGCUUCACCGAUGCCCUCUUCGUACUCUAUGAACAGAUGGGGCCUCACGACCCCUUUGGCCAGGUCAUGCUGCGGCACUUCGAGCGGCUGAACUCCCCUCUGCACGGGCUGGCCAGCUUCCCCGACGUGGCGGCCCAGCGGAGACGCUUCCGAGAGGCCGGCUGGGGAGCCUGCAGCGCAGUGGACAUGAACGAGUUUUACCGCGGCUUCGUCCCUGCCCAGGAGCGGAGGCGCGUGGAGACGCUCGAACCCUUUGACGAGUUUGAGGAGUGGCACCUCAAGUGUUCGCACUAUUUCAUAUUGGCCGCCUCCAGCGCGGGCGGCCUGGCGCAGACCCUGUUGCGCCCGUCUGUGGAGGCCUUUCCCAGAGUGGAACCGGGGCCUCCCGCUGGCGUCCUGUUCGCCAGGGUACUAGGGGAGCUGGAGGGCGGGGCCCUGAAACGGUUUGGCCAUGCCUCUGCCCUCCUGGGCCCCAACGUCGUCCUCAGCACUGGCGGGUUUGGUGAGCAGGAGGGCCGCCACACCAGGAUGAGCCAGUGCCACGUGCUGCUUAAACAACCCGGCUCCAGGUGGAGUGCAAGCCUCGGGGGUGCUGCGGGAGCGCGCUGGGAUGGGCGCCUCUUCCACACCAUGACGCCCUUCUCAGAGGCUCGCGCUCUUGUGCUGGGCGGAAGGCUGUCUCCGGUGACUCCGGCUUUAGGGAUGUACUGGCUCUGCUGGCCCUCUGCAGAGGGGAAUGGGGCCGACCCGCCCACGGGGACCAUCUCCGAGGUUGGCCCAGAGGCUGAGUUCCCUUCUCCACGAUGGAGACACUCGGCAGCUAAGGUCUUUUGUGAAAGGCAGGAAUACUUGUUUGUGUAUGGCGGGCGCAAUGGGAAGGAUCCCGUGCUGGGUGAUUGGCAUUUUCUACACAUGGACACAAUGACCUGGGUCAGUUUGCCAGUAGAAGGGCCGGAACCUGAUGCCCGACAUUCUCAUAGUGCCUGCAGUUGGAAGGGAGGAGCCCUUAUUGCAGGGGGCCUGAAUGUUUCAGAGGAACCGCUGGGCUCCGUACACUUUCUGAAAUCAGUCUCUAAUGGAUUUUGUUGGGAAAAGUUGGAAGUGCAGCCUCCCAUCACCCCAAGAUAUUCUCACACAGCCCAUUUAUUUGAUGGAAAAUUGCUGCUAGUGGGAGGGGUCUGGAUUCAUUCCUCCUCUGUUCCUGGAGUGACAGUGAUUGACUUGACCACAAGACUGAGCUUUGAAUACCAUAUUGACACAACCGGUGUUCCAUGGCCUCUGAUGCUGCACAACCAUACUAGCAUCCUACUACAAGAAGAGCAACAACUCCUUCUUCUUGGAGGGGGUGGGAAUUGCUUUUCUUUUGGUACCCACUUUAAUCCCCAUCCAGUAACUUUGGACAUCACUCUUCUGAGACCUAGACAAUGAUUGCUGCUGUUCACAUAGUAAAUGAUUAUGUGUGAAGUGUCCAAAAUUAGGAAGCUAAUUUUCCAUCUCCUGAAAUGUUGGAGGGAGAUGAUCUCUGAACUUUUCUCUAGGAGAAACAGACCAGCAUGGGUCCCUUGUUAGAAAAUCACAGAUACCGUAGUUAAAUUAUGACAAUAGGCAAGUUCCUGAAAGAAUAUGGAAGCAUACCUGGAAUCUGUAGUCGUGUAAGGCAACUGCAUACCACUCAGUGACUGGAAAAAUAUAAAUCACUAGUCUGAAGCACAAACUGAGCAGCAUGAGGGAAGAGCUUGAACAACAACGGGAAGAAUACCCAAGAAUGCUUAUAAAUAAGUUGUCAUUAUAGUCCAUGUUUUGCCACUGUCUCCGUAUAAUCACUUUAGAUUACAAAGUUCCAGUUAGCUUGUUUCUUUAAGUUGCAUUUUGUUUCUUGUUAAAAUAAAUUAAUUAAUUUAUUUUUUACAUAGUUAUAAUUUGUCCCUUCCACUACACCCCUGCCCUAUGAAAAUCAAAGUAUUCAACAUGUAUAUAUAAUACACGAAAACAUUCUCAUUCAAAAUGUUUAUGCAUUUUAAGUUCAUCACCUCUGGCAGGAGGCAAGUGUCAUCUUUAGUUUCUUGAACUCAUGUUUUAUUAUUCCAUUGAUCAGAGUCUAAAGUCUUUCAUCAAGUCUCUACAGUUUUGUCAUUGUACAAAAAUAAAAUUGUA